AUGUCUUCGUCUUUUUCGGCGGCUGCCGCAAACAAUUCGCCGUGUGCGGCGUGCAAGAUUCAGCGUAGAAAGUGCACACAGGAGUGUGUGUUCGCGCCGUACUUCCCGCCGGACAACCCGCAGAGAUUUGCGUACGUUCACAAAGUGUUCGGAGCAAGCAACGUGGCAAAACUCCUCAACGACCUGAACGCAGCUCAACGAGAGGAUGCAGUGAAGUCGCUGGCAUACGAGGCGGAGGCGCGUCUCCGUGACCCCGUGUACGGAUGCGUAGGCCUCAUUUCACUUCUCCAGCACAAGCUCAAACAGCUUCAGGCUGAACUUAACCAUGCCAAGACGGAACUCGCAAACUACGUUGUCGUUAACAAUAAUAAUAAUAAUGGUUCAUCUCACGCGCCUGUUCUCCCGCUCUUUAACAACCAACACCAUCAGCAACCGUCUCAACUGAAUCGUAACAACCUCUCACAUCACUCUCUGCAACCGUUUUCUGUUUCUGUUUCCCCUUUUCAGGAGGUUGUUAUGCAGCACCAGCAAGAGAUUUUGGGGUUUGAGAACUAUAUGACGAUUGGUUCUUCUUCCGCUGCUUCUGCUGUCUCUCCUUCGCUGGCUCUUGGACCGGUUGAUCACAGUUUUCAUCACCCUCAUCAUAAUCAUCACCAUAAUCUGCAGCAGCAGAUUCAGGCGCAUCAUCAAUCUUUUAUGUUUCAGAAGCAGGCAAAGUUCGAAGGCGAGGAGGGUAGGAAUAGCAGGAGGACUGGUCCUUCUUGUUGCUGA